AUGAUCGUGAAAAUGAUGAAUCGUGUCCUUCCAAGGUGUGCCGGAAGUAUUUACAGCACAGUACAACAGCAGGUAGCUCCUGUCAUAUGUGCUGUAUUUCCUUUCGCUGUAGUAUGUAGAAGAUUUAAUAACUUGGCCAAAGGAGUUCUCAAUCGUGGUUACUUUAAAGCGAGAACCUAUAUUAUUAAGUGCAUGGAAGAAAUUAAAGAUCAGUUGCCACGGCGAGAAUCACAGAGAAGUAAACAUAGGUUAUAUAAAAAGCACAAUAUUUUGAGUGGUAUUGAACCACGUUUCAAUCAUCUUGGAAUGACAUACUUAAAAUUUAUUGAAGGGAAUUAUACUUGCUUCAUUCCAGGGAAGGUCUUAGAUGAGCUUUUUAAAGUGAUUCGUCAUGUUAUGAAUGAACCUUAUAUUGUUGAUUGUAGUCAACUGACACAAGAACUCCGAGAUUUGAUAAUAAUGGCCAUCGAAGACUUUGAUGAAAACAUAUAUCCGUAUCUUAAAUAUAAAUAUGAUCCUGCUCAUACACAAGCCAAUGACUUCUUUUCUGAUGGAACACAUAGAUCUCGAGAAUUUAAAUUAUACCUUUAUGGAUAUAACCUGAAAUCCCAUGUUCAAG